AUGAGCUCUGAAGAAGAAUAUCAUCAAGAAAAUCUGCCACUUUCAGAGCUCUAUCAAGCUAAUCUUGCUGGUGGCCCCAUUUCACUUGUUCUUGGCAUCAGUACUAAAAUCAGAUUGAACUAUUUCAGUCUAAUUGAUGCAUCUGAUUAUCCUGCUCCUGCUGCUAUCAUCUGCCAUUUGUAUGCUGUUUCUGUUCUGCUAACUACUACUGCCAUCUUUCUGCCUCCCUCUGGUGCUGUCAGAGUCUCUGCCUGUCAAAUAAUAAAUAUUAGAGCCUCUGUCUGGUUCACAAAGCCAGUUCUGAAGAAGCAGAAGGAGAAGAAGAAGGAGAAGAAGAAGAGAGAGAAGAAAAAUGAUGAUGAUGAUAAAGAUAAUAAUGAUAAUGAUUAA